AAUCAGUUGGUCUCAAGCGACGCGAGCGCAAGUACUAUCAUAUUCUGUCGUGUUUGUGUAAUAAUAUUUACAUAAAAUGAUUUGGCUUAUAACAGACAACGGAUAUAGAAUAGAAUCUCUGACACCAGAUACAUUUCACGGCGCAUUAAAGGUAAUAAAAGAAGCAUUCUGUCAAGAUGAAGCUGUAUCAAUAGGAUCAGAGAUCAAUACGAAUCCUAAAGCGGCUGAGGAACUUCUCGAAUUAUGCGCAGAUGCAGCACUGGACGGCGUUUCGUUAAUCGCCGUAAAUGAGAACACAGGAGAAGUAGUGGCAGUUGCGUUUAACAAAAUACAGGUUAAAACGUCGGAUGCAUCAGAAAAGCCAUUCUUUGAAAUAUUUGCCGACGAGCGCUGCACACAGGCUUCAUCGCGCUCGCUUAUACAAUUUAUGGCCGACGUGGACGGGAGGUGCAAUUUAUUCGAAAAAUACAAAGUCGACUGCAGUCUUGAAAUAAUGUUUUUAGCAACCCUUCGUGACUACAGGAGACUAAAUCUGGGUACAGAACUUUGCAAAUGUUCAAUAGAUUUAGGGAGAAGAAUAAAAGAUGGUACUUCUUAUCCUAUCAACGUUGAAGAUCUUGGCCCAGAAUAUUCACAUUUAAAAAUGCGUAAACCAAUCAACACGUAUCCAAAAAUUUGUCAAGCUAUAUGGACAACCAAAGUUUCCCGGAAAAUUGGUAGAAGUCUAAAUUUUAUGGUUCACUUGAGAGUACCUCUGUCGGAAUUCGUAUUUAAUGGAAAAACUUAUUCUGAGCGGAUUGGAGAUGAAGCUGCAUUUUGUGAAGUUGCGGCAUUAUCUUUGUAAUGACUUGUAAAUUAAAAUCUUCAACUAGUAAAGUGAAAAUUACAGUCAGACAAAGCGUUUAAAACAAUACAAGACUAUUUUCUGUAAGCAAACAAUUUCAAAAUUGAAUUAUAUUACAAGAAUAAUAGAUUAUUAAAUCAAUGGAAGAAAAACCUUUG